AUGGAACUCGGCGUUGCCCCAGUUAUUCCCAGUGACGGCAGAAACGACAAGAAUUGGCGCAACCCCGACAACUUUAAUCCCCGUCGGAAUACUGAUGAGUUUAAACUCAAGAGCAACCUACUUGAAGGGGAAAUUCCAAGUGAAUUAGGAUCACUGAGUAAUUUAGAGGACCUGGAGUUGUAUACAAACCGGUUGACUGGAGAGAUUCCGAUAAGCAUUUGGAAGAUUCCAGCCCUUAAAUACCUCUUGGUUUAUCAGAAUAAUUUGUUAGGGGAAUUGCCUUUUGAGAUGACUGAGCUCCAUCAUCUGGAAAACGUUUCCUUGUUCAGUAACCAUUUUUCUGGAGCGAUACCCUAUAGCUUGGGGAUUAACAGUAGCUUGGUACAGUUGGAAUUAACUAACAAUUCUUUCUCUGGUGAAAUCCCACCAAAUCUUUGCUUUGGAAAACGAUUGAGGGUUUUGAAUAUGGGUGUAAAUCUACUUCAAGGUAGCAUACCUUCAGAUGUUGGAAGCUGUUCAUCCUUGAAAAGAUUGAUUCUUAAACAUAACCAUCUCACUGGCCCCCUUCCUGAUUUUGUGCAAAACUCAAACCUCUCAUUCAUGGACAUUAGCGGUAAUAACAUAAAUGGAACAAUUCCUUCAAGCUUGGGWAACUGUAGCAAUCUUGAGACAAUCAAUUUGUCCAUGAAUAAUCUCACAGGACCCAUACCCCAACAAAUAGGAAACCUUGUGAACCUGAAACUUUUGAAUCUUUCUCAUAACAAUUUGCUCGGUCCCUUACCUCCAGAAAUCUCAAAUUGUUACAAGUUGUUGAAACUGGAUCUAGGAUUCAACUCAAUAAAUGGUCCAAUUCCAUUGACUAUAAGGAACUUGACACGAUUGUCCAAUUUGAUUUUGAGAGAGAAUCUCUUCAGUGAGGGUAUUCCAGAUUUCUUUUCAGCAUUCAGUAGCCUUCUAGAGCUACAACUUGGGGGAAAUAUACUUGGUGGUGAAAUUCCUCCAUCAAUUGGAUUAUUGCAGGACUUAGAUAUUGCUUUGAAUCUCAGUGGUAAUGGGUUGACAGGAGAAAUUCCAUCAGGGAUGGGGACAUUGAGGAAGCUGAUAAGAUUGGAUAUAUCUUGGAACAAUCUGACAGGAAAUCUAUCAGAACUUGGUGCCCUUGACACAUAUGAUACAGGGUGUACGCGUAUCAUAUCAGUAUCGAUAGCAUCUGGUAUGAGUAUGGGCCUCUACRAUGCAGUGGCCCAUACUCAUCUCUACUUGUACAUGCCCUUACAAUCCUAUAACGAUGAUAUCGUCUCAUCCACAUAA